ACACGUGUCAAGCACUCUGUGUCCAAUCGCAAUACCCGCGCGUUAAUGCAUAAUGGGCCCAUGGCAGACCAUUGCGGCCGAAUGGUUCUGUCUCGUGCCAGCUCUUGCCACGCCGGUGAGGGGUAAUUGGAUCUUGGGCUUACCGUGUGCUUGCCUCCUGCCUCACAUGGCACCUCAGCGCAAUGGGUACUGCCGGUGCUGCUUCUAAGGGGCCUGUGCUGCAUGCCUCUCUUGCUGCUGGCGGCAUCAUUGGCACAAGCACCAACCCCAUUGCCUACCAUGACCUCCACCACCAUCACCAGUUUUCCCUGCUGCCGGUGAUGGUAGUGGUGGUGAUGCCGGUGAUGGUAGUGGUGGUGAUGCCGGUGGUGGCUGGGAGGCAUGGUGUAUCAUCCCUUGCUGGAUGACCCCAUGCUGGACCAUGUCAUGGUGUGGCAUGCCAUGGCAUGGUCAUGUGGUACACACCCAUGAUUUCAGCCAAAGCCCAGGCAAGAGGGUGGUGGGUGGGGUGACGCAUGAUGGCUAUCAUGUGGUGUGGUGUGGUGUGCCUUGAGAGCUUGCAGUCCAACCAUAUGCGUGUGUGCACAUGAUGGAUGGAUUGCCCCAUACAUGAUGGAUGGAUGCUGGAGCAACGAUCCAUCAGCUCAUGGUGCACAUGGGAUGGACUAGGUGGUUGGUGAGGUGCGCAAGGGAUGAGCAUGGGUGUGCGGUAGCCCUCCUGCUACUUGCGUCAGAACCAUGUGCAUGGGCAGAUGGGCAUGCAUCGUGGAUGGCUCUGAGCUGAGACGUUCAAUACCAUGUGCCACAAGGGCUGGACCAGGAGUCCAGGGCGUGGUAACCAUGCCACGGGCAACAUCACAGGUAGUGUAGAUAAUAUAGUAGGGUAGUCAGUGUAAGGUGGCUUUGUAUUCUGAUGCCUAUAUAU